UGCAUCUGAUCUCCUCCCACCAUCGUCACAGGAAAUCUUGAAAAAAAUUCGGUGAUCGAUAUGAGGUUGUCAGAUAACAUAUAUGUUGGCAGUUUUCUUUCAGGGAAAAAUAAAAUAAAAUAAAAUGUUGGUAGUUUCAAAUGGAAAGCACGGAUCUAUCCAAAGGGAUGCGGCGGGAAGCGCAUGGAUAUCGCUGUUCCUUAGGCCUGUCGACUUGACAAGAUCGGUGGAAACGGAGAUUAGUUUCGCAGUUACUAGUUAAACCGACAGCAAGAACACAGUUAGAUGGGGUAAAAUCUGGAUUUUCGCUUACUAGGAUUUAUACAUGUUUUUUGUUGAUUUAUACUAAUCGCUGGAUGAUGCAGAAAUGACAAAAAACUUCCAUGAGAUAGGAAAAGCCAGCUGGGGUUGGCCAAAGUUUAUGCGUCCAAGCGAACUCCACGACCAUGAUAAAGGAUAUCUCGUCUAAGCCAGCUGAGGUUACUUGUACAGCGAAGGAGCAGUCAAGUGAUGAUGAAGACGUGAAUGAGGGCAACCAAAGCAAGGUUGAAAAAAUAGAAAAUGCGAAAGGAACCAAAGAAAUAGAUGAAAAGAGUAGUUCAGAAUCAGGAGAAUAUCCUGGUGCAGGACAACCCUUUGGGGAAGGGAGACAGAGCAACAAAGUUAGUUUUUGCGAUGAAGAAGAAUAUGAAGAUGUGGGUGGUUUCAGCAUUUUGAAAGCACAAGCGCCCCUGUACAAACAAAUAUGGUUGAAGUAUGGACAUAUUCCAUCUGCAGAAGUUUUACCAAUCUCGUCGUAUCCUAUUCUUGUUAUGGCGGUUAAGGACUUGAUGACUUCUACCGUAGAUAUGUAUCAAUGCCGUUAUGUGGAUUUGUCUUCUGAAACGAUCAAUAGCUGGGAAGAUAAGAUUAAAAUGGUUGAGAAACUUGAAUUUAAUAUCGCUUGGCUUCGAGAAAGAUUUGAAACUGUGAAAAAAGGGAUGGGUGGGAUGCAGAAUGUUAAGACUGAACUAUUAGAGCAUUGGCAGCCUUUACGUGCCGCCGUAGAAAAAUUGCAGAUACUCGGAGAUGUAAUUGGUGGGCUAAUGUUGGAGUGGAGGUUUGAGAAUCAGAAGUGGUGUUGAGAUGAAUUUCAAGGAAUUGCUGGAACUGGUGAUUGCAGGCUAUGAUAAUGGCUAGGUUUAAUGUCAGGUAUGGUGUGGCAGUUGUAGCGAUAGCUGAACUAAAGCUACCGAAUGGUUGAGUAACUGGUGUUGCGGUUGAGUGUUGAAGAAUAGGUGAAUGUUACGAUUGGGUUGUGCAGAGAAGGAGCUGUAAAAUGGCCUGGAAUCGGCCGGUAAAUUAUCAGAAUUUAGCCAAAACUCUGUCAGAAUCAUAUCUCGACGAUUUAACUCAACCGAUCUAGAUCUGUUAAUCCUUAUUCAGUUCUCCCUUGAUCGUUACUGACCAUGAGACUAACAGAGGCGCCCGUUAGAGACUCCGGUGCGCAGCUACAAAACUUCAGGUGAUCGGCAACAUCAAAAUUCAUGUCAAGUGAUAAUAAAGUGAUAUUCCAUGGUUAUUUUCGACAGGGAAUUGAAUUCAUAUAAUCAAAAUUCUAUUAAGACUGAAAUGGACGUCCAUGAUAAAGAAAAAUGAAAGUGCCGAACAAACUAGCUCAUGCAACUAGCAAGCCAUAAGAUAUGCCAUGUAAUGUGACAUAAAGCAUAUCCAUGUUGGCAUGUUGCCGUGGUCCAACAAAAAAAAAAAUCAUGACAACAUUUAUAAGAUUGCUGAAUCCACUACCGUUGAUUAUAUGGAAAUCUGGAAAGCCAACCACUUGAUUCUUUCAUUUUCCAUUAUUAUGUUGUUGCCGCCGCUUGUGUUUUUAGGGUUUCUAAAAACUCAUGGAUGCCCUAGUAGGAACAAGGCUGGAGAUCUGACGGUUAAUUUAAGGCCAACUUUUAUUUCAUCUAACGGUCGUAGGAACAAUACCCUAGAUGAUUAUAUACAGAGAUUUUCUUAAAGCUACAAACCCUAGUAAAUUCAGAUCUUGCAACCACAAGUGAAAUUCGGCGGAGACAAUGAAGAAAUGUUGAAUAGAUAAUUGUGAGUGAAUGAAACAGAGAAGAAAUCAACACCUUGCACGAAUCCAAAGAAGAAGUUGUAUCUGAGAUUAUAGGUAAAGUGAUGGAAGAAGUGAAAGCUGAAAUGAAGAAAGAAAUAGGAAAGUUUAAAGUUCAAGUGGAGGAGCAAGUGAAAGAGGCGGAUCAUUUGAAGAUGGAGACCAAAGAGUUGGAGAAACAAAAUUCUGAUGAAAUUGAAAGCUUGAAAUUGAAGAACAAUGGUGUUUUGCAAAAGAAAUCUGGAUUCCAAGAUGAAAUUAAGAAUACUCAGAUCUGCAACUCCAUUGAGAAGAUCCAGUCUGAAAUGAAGAAAGAAAUGGGAAAGUUUAAAGUUCAAGUGGAGGAGAAAGUGAAAGAGGCGGAUCGGUUGAAGAUGGA